AUCAACUUUAUUGUAGUUAUUGUCAUCGCUCAGGUUACCUGAAGUUAUACGCAGCCAUAUUUCCAGCUCGCACGCGCGUCAACAUGCAGCGCUGCUCCGCCCUUAUGUUCACACCGCCGCCAAGCCGGAGCAGAUUCCCUGUCUAGCCGACACAAAGAGCCCGCUGCCGGGGGCCGGCGGAGUCCACUGAGCGGUGCCAGGAUGCGGUGCCACAAGUUUUGGGGACCAUGUUCGGUUGGAUUUUAUAUUUGUGCGGCCAUACUUUUCAAAGGAUCCCUGCAGGGAGAACACCAGAGGAGGCUGUACAAGGAGCUGCUGGCUAACUACAACCGGCUGGAGAGACCUGUGGUCAAUGACUCAGCCGCCAUCCUGGUGGAGCUGGGCCUCACUCUGCUGCAGAUCAUAGAUGUGGAUGAGAAGAACCAAGUGCUGAUGACCAACGCCUGGCUGCAGCUGUACUGGACAGACAUCUACCUGAGCUGGAAUCCUGAAAAGUACCCCGGUGUCCAGAACCUGCGAUUCCCUUCUGACCAGAUCUGGACCCCUGACAUCCUCCUUUACAACAGUGCGGAUGAGCGGUUCGAUGCUACCUUCCACACCAACGUACUGGUGAAUGCAUCAGGUUACUGCCAGUACAUCCCCCCUGGCAUCUUGAAGAGCACCUGCUACAUUGAUGUGCGUUGGUUCCCCUUCGACGUGCAAAAGUGUGACUUAAAGUUUGGCUCCUGGACACACAACGGCUGGCUGUUGGACCUCCAGAUGCUGGAUGUGGACACAUCCACCUACAUACCCAAUGGGGAGUGGGACCUUGUGGGUGUGCCAGCCAAGCGCAAUGAGCUGUACUAUGAGUGCUGUAAGGAGCCCUACCCUGAUGUGACAUUCACGGUCACAAUGCGCCGCAGGACACUAUAUUACGGCCUCAAUUUGCUCAUCCCCUGUGUGCUGAUUUCUGGCUUGGCCCUGCUGGUCUUCUUGCUACCUGCAGACUCUGGAGAAAAGAUUUCUCUGGGCAUCACUGUGCUCCUCUCGCUAACUGUCUUCAUGCUUCUGGUAGCAGAGAUCAUGCCUGCCACGUCUGACUCUGUUCCUCUCAUUGCCCAGUACUUUGCCAGCACCAUGAUGAUUGUGGGAAUGUCUGUGGUGGUGACAGUUAUAGUCCUGCAGUUUCACCAUCAUGACCCUCAGGGAGGCAAGAUGCCCAAAUGGGUUCGGGUGGUUCUGUUGAACUGGUGUGCCUGGUUUCUCCGUAUGAAACAACCUGGUGAUGAGCGCAAGCGGUCUGGUUACAAGUACCGUCACACCUCCCAGCAUCACUCCAGCACCAGCUCCAUAGAGAUGGGCACUGUUCCAAGCCUCAGUGUGCCCCUCUCACAGACAUCCUGCCCACCUUGCCCCACAGGCACCUCCAACGGUUCCAUGAGCCUCUACUUUGGCAACUACCACCCUAUAGAGAGCCCACACUGCCCGCCUUCUAGCGACUCCGGGGUAGCACUAGGGGGACGUGCCCAUGGCUCCCUCAGUGAUGAGGCUGAGCCACCUGGAGGAGUUGGCAGUGGUGUCGGAGGCCUAGGGAUGGGAGUUGGAGUGGGAAUGGGAGUCAACAUCCCUCCACCAGAGAUCCGGCGCAUUUUGGAGGAGGUGUCGUACAUAGCCCAGCGGUUCCGGGACCAGGACGAGGCUGAGGCCAUCUGCAGCGAGUGGAAGUUUGCAGCGGCAGUGGUCGACCGGCUGUGCCUGGUGGCCUUCUCUCUCUUCUCCAUCAUUUGCACCUUCACCAUCCUCAUGUCAGCACCCAACUUCAUAGAGGCUGUUUCCAAGGACUUCACAUAGCUGGUUGCAGCAGCAGGAAAGAGGGAAGGAAGACGGCGCAAAAGGAUUAGGGAUAAAGAAGAGAUUAAGAGAGAAAGUGGAUGGGGGGGAAGGAAACAAUGAAGGGUGCAGUAUGUGGUCCCAACCUACAGUCUGGGCACCCCAUUGGAAAGGCAGUGGGCCACGCAGUGUUUUAUGAGAAAAAUCUUAUCUCUGGAAACUUAGAAAGUAGACAGAGCCUUGCAGCUCUACCAAGUCAUGUAGUCAAUUAAACCAAUCAGGAAACACAAUUUUCAUGAUUGAUGAUCAAGUAAUUACAAAGACACAUCAUUAUAAACAUAAAUUCAUUGUCCCAUUCUGUCUUGAUGUCAGAGAUACAUUUUUCAUAUCUAGAAGAGGAAAAUAGGUUGGGCAUGCAGACUGGGGAGAGCACUGUAUAGAUUUUCUUUUUUACAUUGAGUAAGAUAUCAAUAAGGGGAAGAUAAUGUGGCUGCUAAUUGUCUUUACCUUGAAAACAGUGUAAUUAUCAUUGUUUUAUCUGCACUAUUCAUUUAAAAAAAAAAACAGCUUCAUUUCCUCUACAAUGGCACAUACAGCACCACAGGCCACCUCACUGCCUCUUCUCUAGUUCAUUUCAAAAUCCCAACUGUUGUUGUCUAAAAUGAACAAAUCCACACCCACAUAUGUAUAAAUAUGGCCUCAGUCUGAGCUCACACACCAACUGUUCACCUUCUGAACUCUUCAUAAGGAAGUCACUUUCUCUGAUGAUGUACCAUCCCUGUAAUGAUGUUUGGUUAGUUACUAAAAUGAGAUUUUUCCCUGUGAAUUUUACUGGUUUUGCCUUUGCUUUGAUCAACAGAGCAUUGGACACAACUUGAUUGCUUUGACACAAGUGUAGAGGCAUUUUUUUUAUUCAUCAGAGUAGGAAAGUUUAUUUAGGAUCACUUUUCACUUUGUCUUGCCUGUUAUAUUUUAGCCAAUAGAAUCUGUAAUGUAAUAAUAACAGUGUGGGACAGUGUAAUAGUGAAACGUCCAGUAUAGUGUAUCAAAAAGCACUGUGUUGACUGGUAUGUACUGGUGUUGAUCAGUAACACAGAAUGCACAGGAGUCUUUCUAAAGAACAAUCCAAUACUGUAUGUUGAACUGUACAGUACAUCUUUUAACCAAGUGGUCUGACACUACAAGUCAUUAAUUUAACUGUAGGUAACAGGUCAAGAAGUUGCCAUACUUUUGAAAAAAAGUUGUCUAACUGCACUGUAAAAAAUACCCAUAUUCAUGUACCUUAAAAAGAUUAACAGGAAUUUGUACUUGUUGGACUUUACAUAAAUGGUCACUGAAGAUGAAGAGCGAUGUGACAUUUGAACCUCUGACACCACAGAUGACGGCUAGAGGCUCGACAGCAAGAGGAACACUUCACAACCCCAUUCACUACAUUAUCACUGGAGAAUAUACUGUAGAUUUAUAAAAGGCCCCAGUGUCAGUAAGUUUUGUUUGUGUUUUGUAGAGGGAGCCGAGUGAGAGAUUCACACAAAGUUAACGUGUUUAGUUCCACCUCCACCUCACAGCCACCUCUUUGUUGUAGCUAAUCAUUUAUCUCUUUAUCUCUUUAUCUGUCAUUCCAAGUGUGAGUUUUUGCUCUCUGUGUCAAUAAAAGUUUAUUUAUUCUCUGUA